UUGUGGCAAAGUAAGACUUGUGGUGAUCAUUGUGUAGAGACAAGCUAUAGGACACAUGGAGAUCAAGUGAAUGGGUUGAGACCUCUUAUCUCCGGCUUCUCUCUUUAUAGAAAUUAAGUGUUGUGGAGCAAGAGAAGAUUGAUAAACUGAUGCUGGAACUUGAUGGGACUGAGAACAAAUCUAAGUUUGGUGCUAACGCUAUCCUGGGGGUGUCACUGGCCGUGUGCAAGGCUGGUGCGGCAGAAAAAGGCGUCCCACUCUACAGGCACAUUGCUGACCUAGCAGGAAACCCGGAUAUCAUUCUUCCUGUCCCUGCAUUCAAUGUCAUUAAUGGCGGUUCACACGCAGGAAACAAGCUGGCGAUGCAGGAGUUCAUGAUCCUGCCUGUGGGGGCAUCAACCUUUCGGGAGGCCAUGCGCAUUGGGGCAGCAUUAUUAUACAGUCAUUCAUGUGAUCCAUAUCUCCCUCUUCAGGGCAACAUGUCUAUUCAGAAGAUUCAUGCUCGGGAGAUCUUGGACUCCAGGGGUAACCCUACUGUAGAGGUGGACCUGUACACUGGGAAAGGUCUGUUUCGGGCAGCCGUCCCCAGUGGCGCCUCAACUGGAAUCUAUGAAGCCCUGGAGCUCAGAGAUGGGGACAAAUCCCGAUAUCUGGGAAAAGGUGUCCAGAAGGCCGUGGAGCACAUCAACAAGACUAUCGUCCCAGCCUUGUUAGAGAAGGUAGGUGAGAUCACAGCAAAUACACUGGUGGUCCGGGCUUGGUGGUCAAAGGUCUGGUGGUCAGGUGUCUGGAUAGUCACAGGUCUGGAUAGUCUGAGGUCUGGAUAG